GUACGGAUCCAACGGUAUCGGCGGCCGCCGGCGUUUACCCGGAGCCCGGCCUCUCUAUUUCAGUAUUUCUCGCUCUCCAUUGUGCAAAUUACAUUUUGAUCCCUAUACUGUUAUCCUUUAGCAAAGCACUCCUUCCGUCUAUUUCUCCAUCCUAUCUCCCGUUUCCUGUGGGUGCUAAGUCUCUAAAAGCCCUUAACCCCAGCUAGCUCGUAGAAGAGAGUCUUCUUCUUCCCCUGACUAUCUUUUUCCCUACCUCUCCGACGAAAUGAGCUCUUCCUCCGACCGCCGGCGGAACCCGACGGAGCUCGUCCUCCGGCAGGCCUUCACGAAUCUCCAACACAAUUGUUCAGCCUUCCUUCAAAACUUCGCUCAGCUCCCUCUCCUCAAUCCGAACUCCCAUUCUUCCUUCCAAACCCACCUCCAAGCCUCCCUUUCCCACCUGCAGAACCACUCCAAAGUAGCAAUUGAUGCUGCCGUUUCUCGCUUCAACCCACUCCCUCCUUCGUCUUCCAGAAACCCGCUCUGGGCUCGGAUUCCGUCCGACCCGGUUCUCCUAUCCAAUUCCACGCCUGCAGCUGCUACUCCGCCCUUGACUCCUCAGGCCAUCGAGGAGCGCUUGGCUGGCGUCCCCGUCUACGCCUUGUGCAACUCCCGCGAUGAAUUCGUUCUGGUCUCUGGAGUUUCAACGGGGAAGUCGCUUGGAUUGAUGUGCUUCAAGAAGGAGGAUGCAGAUGCGCUCCUUCACCAGAUGAAGAGCAUGGACCCUGAGAUGCGUAAGGAUGGGUCUAAGGUUGUUGCCGUUGCUUUGAACAAGGUUUUUCAACUCAAGGUCGAUGGAGUUUCGUUCAGAUUGAUACCGGAGUCUGCCCAAGUGAAGAAUGCUCUUACAGAGCAGGAAAAGGCUGGACUCUCUGAUGGAGGUUUCCCUGGGGUUCCAGUUUUCCAGUCAAGAAGCCUGGUGUUAAGAAGCCAAACCAAGAGCUAUCGCCCUGUAUUCUUUAGAAAGGAGGACUUGGAAAAGUCUCUCUACCGAGCUUCACGUGAACAGAAGAAACUGAACCCUCUCUUCAGGGAUGGGGAUAUUCAGGUGGCUGUUUUUGAAGAAGUAAUCAAGUCCAUGAAGGAGAAUUCGGGUUCAACGUGGAACGAUGUAGUCUUCAUCCCACCUGGGUUUGAUGUCUCAACUAAUCCUACCGCCGAGGAACAGGAGUGAAAGCUGCAAUUUGCUAGAUCAGACGUUCUGAGUUUCGACACCCAGCAUAUAUAGUGUGUGUAAUGGUUUGUUAAAGCCUUGAUUAGGAAUAGUCAUUUGCUUCAUGAACAUGCUAAAAGUUCAUAGCUAGUUUUCCUCUUAUUUAACUGUGGUUACGGUGUUGAUGUCGUCGGAUCAUAUGAUCCCAUCCGUCAUCUCAAUUGUUAGAUGCACGCAAUGACAUUGUUGUAAAAGUAAAACGCUUGAACAUGCAUGCGUCUUAGACAUUGUCGCGCCUCCAUCAACGUGCUAAUCGGUUUGUAACAAGAGGAGAAAAAUAGUCUCAUGUGGCGAGAUCACCGUGUUUACAGUAACUUGGGGGUGAAAAGAGACUCCAUGAGAAUCGGAUCUGAUGGCAGGGAGGUUCAACCAGUGAAUCGUCCACCUUCCACGCCAAUUCAAUCCCAUUUCCUCCAUUUCUGUUGCAGUCUCCCAUCGCCCUAUUGACCCAAUCAACCUCUGUAAAAAUC